AUGGCGCCCGGAGAUGCUAUUCCAAAGCAACCUAAAUUGUAUGAAGCCAGUGCGACGACUCCAACGUUCGUGGUGAACGAAGAUGCUCUUCACGUUGAAGGAUGGCUCAUUGGCAACGUAGCUCAUUUAGCGAAGGUCUCCGACAUCAUGCGCAGCGGCAAAAAGGUAGAGUUCGACCGAAAGAUCCUAGUCCGCGUCGCGCUAGAGGACCGCUAUCGAGAAAAUCCGCUUUGUGUAUUCCAACGAAUGACUACGCAAUCGCGAGACUGGUUCACCGAGCUUCCGGAAGCAUCGCGGCUACUGUCCGAGCUCGAAUCUCGGGGAUCCAGAGCCGCAAGACGCAUUGCACAGACAGAUUCAAAGUUAUUGGCGAACGUGCCGACGCACACUGCGGUAGGAGAUGUCAUCGCCAUCUUCAAUGGUGGGGAGGUUCCCUACGUGCUGCGGCCUGCAGCUGAAGGGGAGUACAUCCUGAUUGGAGAAUGUUAUGUUGAUGGCUACAUGGAUGGCCAGGCUACGCGUAAACGAACGAGCGACAACCCCGAUGUCACAUUCAGGAUAUACUAG